UUCUCAGGAUGUGGUGACUGGCAUUAAUAUAAAUACCUCUUUUACUUCUUCUUUUUUUAGAGAUGACACAUCAACUGUCCGUCAGAGGAAGAAGAGACGGAGAGACAUGGCUUCAGACGUGAUGUGCUUGUGUUGUGUGCUUGUUCUGCUCUUCUCUGGACUUCAGUUCACAACAGGCUGUAAUGUUGUGUUACCAUACAUCACGUGUUCUCCAGGAGAGUCUGUGCUACUGCCCUGCAGGGAAAUAAACUCAAAUCACACUGAAGUCCAGUGGUGGAUCGGUGAUUCUCAGACCCACACUCUUCAAUACUCAGUGUCUCCUCUGGACGCUAUUAAGGGUCAGCGAUACAAAGACAGAGUUCAGAUUCAGGGGAAUCUCUCGCUGUCCAUCACUCGACUCACUGUAGACGACACAGGAAUGUAUUGGUGUAAAACAACAGAGACUGACAAAAUGAGCAGUGUUCAUCUAUUUGUUGAAGGUUGUUCUUUAUCAGGGAACGAAGGAUCAGUGGAGAUCAGCAGAUAUUCAGGGGAAUCUGUGCUUCUGGCCUGUUUGGUCAAAUGUAGCACCCGUCAUAAACCAGAUUCAGAGUUCAGAUGGAAAUGACCAAACUAUAGAGAAAUAAACCUGACCAGUAACUCUACUGAACUCAGUCGACUCUAUCAGGGCAGAUUUCACAUGUUUGAUAUAUGUUCAGGAAACCUCUCUCUGCUGAUCUCUGACCUGACUGAGGAAGAUGAAGGACUGUAUUCCUGCUGGAGUAAUGAGAAUCAACACAAGAGCUUCAGACUCACUGUUAAAGGAUGCACACUGUCAGAGACUGAUCGGGAACCUAAAACCAAGUACACCGGUGACUCUGUGCUUCUGUCCUGCUCAUGUAAAGACCCAAACACCAAACCCGAGCACUUCAGAUGGACCCAUGUAGAGUCCAGUAGGACUGAAGUGUCCAGUGAAACUCUGCGGUAUAAAGACAGAGUCCACACGUUUCACAAUACUACUCCAUCAAAUCUGUCUCUGUUGAUCUCCAACCUGACUGAAGACGACCAGGGCACUUACAGAUGCACAGUUAACAACAAAACAUCCGCUAACACCAGACUCAUCGUUAAAGGCUGUGUUUCAUCCAAACAUCACAUCACCAAGAGCUCAUAUCCAGGAGGAUCCGUGAUUCUUCCAUGUUCCUGUGAAGAUCCCAAAACCAGACCAGAGCACUUUGAAUGGAAGCGAGCAGAUGUGAAUGAGACGCUGGUUUCAGACGCUGAGGAGAUCAACGGCCGAUUCCAGACCAUCAGAGAUUCUCCACAUAAUCUCUUCUUACAGAUCUCAAACCUGACCGAGACUGACCGAGGACUGUAUGUGUGCUCAGUCAACGGCAAACAAUCCAGACACGUCAAUCUCACUCUUACAGAUUCUGCCGUUAUAAAUCCUCUCGAUUAUCAGUACUAUCUGAUAUUUCUGAUCUGUCUGAUGCUGCUGCUGGCGGCUGGAUGCAUCUACCGGAGAUUUAACCAAAGAGCUAAAGAAGGACACCGAGAGAUCCAGAGAUCAAAUGAUGAGGAUGAUGUGACUUACUCCAGCGUUACACAUAUUAAAGGGAAAAAAAACCUUGCAAAAAGGUUAGUGUUUAAUUUUGGGCAUCUAUUAUAA